AUGACCAAAGAUGACCUCUUCAAAACAAACGCCAGCAUCAUCCGACAUUUCGCCGCAAUCUUCUGCGUCGUCACAAAUCUCGUCAACUCGACCCUGCCUGUCGCGGCUGAGACCCUGAGAAAGGCGGGGGUCUUUAAUCCAGCACGUCUAUUCAGCGUAACAACGUCAGACGUCGUGCGUGUUUCUACAUUUAUCGCACAUGCUCUGGGCGAUACCUAA